AUGAGCGCGCCCAAACCUUCUGUGCUCAUUCGCCCAGCUUUCGAUUCAGCAUUGCGACGAACGUCCGACCUGAUCACGCAUGCAUCCACGACACGAAUGACUGAAAAAAUAUCGAAGUGUAUCAUCGAAGCGCGAUGCACCGAUAAUGUGCUCUUUGCUGGGGCUGCUGUUGUGGGCGCCAUUGUGCUCAUUCUUCAGUCGUUCCCAUUAUUCAUGAAUAAUUGGGUAUUUCUCACAGAACCACGUCCUAUUAACAAAACAAAUGAAAAUGGUGAGCAAAUGGUAAGUGGUUCCUUUUCUUUUCUUCAAAUCAUGAAAUAG